AUGGGGUGCACACCCUCACACAACGCCAUUGUCAACAGCUUUGCCAAGAGUGGCAUCCAGUUUUUUAAAAAGCCCAGAGCAAUUUUGCCAGGAUGUCAGGAGGGCAGCCAGAAAGGUCCCAUUCCUUUGCUGGUUCAAAGUUCCACCUUCUGUGACCCUGGCGGGGAGAUGUACCUGGGAGAGAGGCUAGCAGAGGAGACGGCAAAUUCCAAGAAGCUCCAUACCAUGGCUGUAAGACUUUCUCAGCUCACAAAAGAUAUGAAAGGACCAAUUCCAGAGAGCCAAACCUUCCAGAUGAACAAAUCCCAAAGCCGCACAGCUACGGAUAUUUCAUUCGGGACAGAAGGCUUCCAUGGGCUACAAGAUGUAGAUUUUUCUGGGAAAGAGAGUAAGGAAAACAUUCUUCAGGAGACCUCAAAAGGGGACAGAAAGCCAGCAUGCCAUCAGUCAGAUGACCAGGACCAUUGCUGCCAAACUGCCCCUGAGUCAAAAGGCAAAGUGGACUUCCCUGAGCCCAUGGUAAAGGCCCACCAGCAUGCUUAUGCCUAUCUGCACACCAGCCUCUCCAGAUACGAAGCAAUCCUGUACCUCAUCCAACGAGCCAGCCAGACCCAGGAGCUGUUGCGGCCCAUGCUCAGCUUCCUGUUGCUGUGUUUCGAGGAGGUCAGCCAGCUUCUAGGAGAAAUCUCCAAAGAUGGAGAGCUGCUCCUCCAGGAAGUCAGAGGGGAUCUGGCCUGGCCAUCGAGGAAAGGCGAGCCCUGGGAACAGCCAGACCUCCUGCAACAGCUGCUGCAGUACACAAUCAACCAGCUGCAGGCAGUCCACAGCACAGUGUCCACCCUUACUGGGAGCUUUCUGGAGGGCUCCAGCAGCUACUUCAGCUCCACUGCUGGCCAGCUGGAAGGUAAGCUGAGCACCAAGAGAGGUAUAGAUGAAUGCCUCCUAAGGGCCCUGGGACAACUAGAGAGCCUGACCAGUGGUCACGGUGACCCUGGGCUGCUGGGCCCACCCUUAUGUUCUGAGGACAGCGGCAUUGGUGCUGACAAUGAGUCUGUGCAGUCCACGGAGAAGCUGGGCAAGCGAGCAAGCUGGGACUUUGUAGCGGAGCCUGGAGAAUGGAAGCCAGGGACUGCAGCCCAAGUAGAGGCCAUACCAUCGGGGCAUCCCCGGCAGAAAGGUCCAUACUGGACAGGUUCAGAUGGACUCCAGGACUGUCCACUGUCGAGUCCUAGGAUAGCAAAGGUUCAACCUGCUGUACAGGAUGAAGCCAGGGGCUCGAGGGCCUCCGGUGUAGGCCCAGAUGCAGUCACCUCCAGGCCUCCAGAGGCUGCCAAAAGCAUUCUGUGGGACUCGCUGGGGUCUGAGAUCCCUGUGCAAACACAUCUUUCUCAAAGCUCUGGGUUAAUGGAUGCUGUGUCCCUGAGUGAAGAUGAGGACAGCAGCCUGGAGGAGGAAGAUGAAGUUAGCAGCACGGAUCUGCCUGCUGAACCACAGAAAGCACUACCUUCAAGACCAAGGUCCUCACCCGCUGCCCGGGAAAGCCUGUUUCAGCCGUACUCCAGGAAGCUUAGGAGCCCCCAGGCCCAGGAAAUGAUUUUGAAGAUGAAAGAGGCCAUCAGCGAAAGGAUCAAGUUUGUCCCUUUGCCUUCCAGGCCCCAGGACUGGGCUGAGGAGGAGGAGGAAGGGAGAGCAAUGGUCCCUCCAAGACCUAGAUCAGUCAGUGGCAGCAGGUGGAGCCCUGUGAGGCAACAGAGGUCACAAUCAGAGGGAUCCCUUCAGAGCCCUGUGGAAGACCCCACCCUCCAGGAGCUGAGGAGGGUCCAGGCAGACCUCAGUCAGAGGCUGGAGGUAUUUUAUGCCCUGGGCGCCACACGGCAGGGGAGGAGCUCAGAACAACACCUGCCAUCCAGGCCAUCGGUGCUGUGGCCCAACGCCAGCUGCAGGGUGAGUCCCAGUAGUCCCAUCAGUAAGUUCAAGGCCUCCCUCGCCAAAAACUUCAGCAUAUUGCCCAGUCAGGACAAGAGCAUCUUGCAACGAAGUAGUCCCCACUCUGACCAUGGCCAGCCCUGCCAGGGAAAGGCUGAGGAGCUGCCAAAUGCCGUCCUUUGUUUCGAGAACAGUAGGGCUCCCAGGGACACUGAAUGGGACGUCAGGGCCUGUCCCACCAGAACAUCCGUCAAGAAGCUUAUUGAAACCUUUAGUCCCACUGAGAGCCUGAGGAUGCCAAGGGACUCUAGGAACUUGGGACCAAGCCCCUGUCUCAGGAAGUGGGGGGUCCCUGCCAUGCCUCCCAGAUUUCCUAUAUAUAGAGGGCUAGCCCCUAUGUAUCCUAAGCCCCAAGUUUCUCCAGCCACAGGCAGAGAACCUCUCAAGGUGAACAUGGGCUGGAGGCCUUCUGCACCAUUCCCCUCUCUUCCUACAGCAGAAGCAUCUAAGAGUGAAGACACAGACUGUGAAACACAGGAGGACCUAGAGAACCUCCCUCCACCACCCCUGGAGAUCCUGAUGGACAGAUCAUUCACUGCUCUGGAGCACCCAGAGAGCAGCCAGCCAGCAGCAAGCUCCCAGGAAGAGACCCUGGUACCAGGGCUGCGAGAGGCUAGCCAUCCAAGAAAAACAUGGGCCUCCCCCAAGCUGAGAGCCUCUAUGAGUCCCAUGGAUUUGCUCCCCAGUAAAGGUACUGGCAGCUCCCCGAGGCUGCACAGCACAGGACCAGGGAACACCAGGAUUGUGGGCAAUUCCAGAAAGCUGACCUUGGACCUGAACUCCCAGAAAACAGUUAGGCCAAGCCCAGAGGCAGAGGGUGGGGCUCAGAUUCAGGCACAAGCAGAGAAUGGUGCAAACUUCUCCGAGCAUCACCAGAGGGUAAUUCCUCAGCACCACACCCACCCCACAGCUGGGCAAAGCAGGACCCUGGAACCCAGCCUGGCCAGACCUUCACGAGGUUCACAUUCUCCAGACGCAUCCAGGAAGGGUCCAGAGAGAAGCCCUCCAGUAAUCAGAAAAGCCUCUCCCCCGAGAGCACAGUGGGCACCCCAAGGGGACAGGAGGCUGCAGAGCCUGCCCUCCUCUCAUGGACUGUCCCAGCCGAGCCUCCCCGCUGUUCUCAGCUCUCCCAGCCCCCCUCUCAGUCACAGGACACUAAGCCCACCAGCCACAAGGAAACCAAUUUCCCCUCCCUACCAGCCCCUGCAACCCAACUCAGCCCCGGGGAGCCCUCCUGGCCAGCAGACAGAAGCAAACACCCCUUCUUCCGUGUCCCCUUCAUCACCUUCAGUGUCUCUCUCUCGGGGGUCCAAGAAGACGAAUCACUCCGAGGACAGUGAAGUUACCACAGCCAAAGCAUCCAGGAAUACCUGCUCAGUAGUCUGCCCAGCCACCUCUUCUCUGUUUGAAGCUAAAUCGUCACCGUCAACAUCCCAUCCACGGAUGCUACCAGAACCUUGGGGCCCUUUGAGGACCCAAACAGAAGGCUGGAGGGGCAGCUCGGGGCCACGACUGAGGUCAGAUUCACAGAGGAGAACGUCUCUGAGCGCCCUCAAUCCCCUUCCUUUUGUCCGAAGGUCAGCUUCAGCCCGCCAGCGCCAGCGGGGCGACCCCUUCCAGGGGCCCGGCUCCUCUUGGGAAUCCCAUCCCUGCCAAAGCAGCAGCAGCAGCAGCAGCAGUGAAGAGAACCCCAAGCAAGACCUCCCAUCUUGGCACGACUCCCGCUACACAGAGUGGCAGGGCAGUAGCACCAAGUGGGCAUCUCCUCUGCAGCUCUGUGUGCUGGGCCACGGGCUGCAGCCGGAAGCCCGUGCGAGCCGCAGCCAGGACAGAUCUCAGCCAGAGUCACAGCCCCAGCACAAGGAAGUGACGUGA